AUGACAUCCUUCUUGCUGCUAGGCAGCGCCCUUCUUGCGGCGAGCUUCUUGCUAUAUGUUUGCUUAUUCGUCGGCAAACGAGGCCGCAAUUUUCCAGAUGGGCCGCCAACAUUGCCCGUCAUUGGUAACUUACAUCAGCUCCCCAAGCAGAAGCUCUACCUUCAAUUCACUGAAUGGGCCAAGAAGUAUGGCGGCUUGUAUACCAUUAAACUGGGACCUGGUACUGUAGCUGUUCUCACAGACCGGCGGAUCAUCAAACAACUUUUAGAGAAGAAGAGUGCCACGUCCAGUAACCGUCCGCCGAAUGAAGUCGGCCGGAUUAUUGGCGAAGGCGACCAUGUGCUUCUCAUGAAUAACACGCCCACUUGGCGGGUGAUGAGAAAAGUCAUUCAUCAGGACUUUACAGAAGCCUUGUGCGAUAAAGAGCACACCAAGAUUCAACAAUCGGAGAUGGUCCAGUUGCUUCAUGACAUGCUCGAAACCCCUGAAGACUGGGGUAAUCAUCUCAAGAGGACUACCAACAGCAUCGUCAUGAGCGUGGUUUAUGGCAUUCGCUCUCCAUCCUCUAAGGCAGCUCAUAUGGAAAGACUCGAGGCGCUGCUCCAGAAAUGGGCCAGGAUACAGGAAUUCGGAGCCACUCCGCCCGUCGACAUUUUCCCUUUCUUGAAGGCGAUCCCAGAAAGAUUCCUCGGCAACUGGGUGACCCGAGCCACAGUGGUCCACGAUGAGAUGCACACACUUUACACCGGCCUUUUGAACUCGGUGUUGAAAAGACGACAGGCCAUUGGAUCUCAGCACACUGUCCUGGACCGGUUACUAGAUCAGCAAGAGAAGACAGGGCUGACCACUCACCAAAUCACUUUACUCGCCGGUGUCACCAUCAAGGGAGGCUCCGACACCUCAGCUUCGGUGCUCACCUCCUUUGUACAAGCCAUGGUGGUGUACCCGGAGGUGCAGAAAAGAGCAAAAGCCGAAAUCGACUCGGUGCUAGGCGAGGACAGGGUUCCAGAAUGGUCUGACUACAACAAGCUGCCGUACGUAGCCCAGAUCGUCAAAGAAUCCCACCGCUGGCGACCUGUGGCUCCUCUCUCGGUACCACACGCUCUUUCUGAAGAUGAAUGGAUCGACGGCAAAUUCUUGCCAAAGGGCACAAUAUGCUUCGUCAACGUCUGGGGCCUUCACCACGACGACGCGAAAUUCCCCAACCACGAAGUCUUUGACCCAGACCACUACAAAGGCCGCACGUUGCUCGCUGCAGAGUACGCCAAUUCCCCUGACUACGAGAACCGCGAUCACUAUGGAUAUGGCCACGGUCGCCGCCUGUGCCCUGGCAUCCACCUGGCGGAGCGCAAUCUGUUCCACGCCAUCUCCAAGAUCCUGUGGGCGUUUGACAUUGAGAAGGCGACCGACCCGGCGACCGGCAAGCCUAUCCAGCCCGACACCGACGUCGUCACGGGGUACAGAGAAGGCCUGACCGCGUGCGCGUACGACUUCCCCGUCAAACUCACGGUGCGGUCCCAGGCGAGGCGUCAGGCUAUCGAGAGGGAAUACAGGGAGGCCUGUGCCAAUUUCUUCCCGCAGUAUGAGAAGGUCGGUCUUGAGACUUGUUUGGAAUGA